AUGGGGCUUCUUAAAGAUGAUAACUUUGAAUUGAAAUACCAUCUGAAUAAAGCUAAUGUGGUUGCUGAUACUUUGAGCAAGAAGACUUUGCAUGUGGCAAGUCUUAUGAUUGAGGAAUACAUAUUGAUGGAGUCAUUUGUGGAGUCGCAGCAAGAUGCUUCAUUAAAGAUUAGAGAAGAGAUUGAAGUAGAUCAAGCUAUUGAGUUUGGAUUCAAUGAUGAUGGUUUUAUGGUUUAUCGGGAUAGGAUUUGUGUGCCUGACGAUGUGGAUUUGAGAAAAGUUAUCUUGAAUAAGGCUCACGGUAGCAAAUACAUGAUCCAUCCAAGAGCUACAAAGAUGUAUCAGGAUGUGAAGCAGUAUUGGUGGUAG